UAUUUUCGAUGCGCCCAGACAUUAUUUCAUAGAAUACCUGAUUAUUUGUUUCGUUUGAUUUAAACCUGAGAACAUGGGAGAAGUAUCUGAUCUUCUGGUAGACUUGAGUUAUACCCAAAGUCAGGACAAAAAGCAUUCUAUAUUGUUCAACUUGAUCCAAACAAGUUCAUAUGCUCUCUCUCCAUAAAAUGUAGAUUAAACGUGUUGGUGUUACUGGUGUUUAAAAUGAUUACAAGGUGCCUGAAUAAGUCCAACAGAUGGUCCGUCUCCUUUUUUCAGUGUAAAAACCUGGAAUCUGUGUGGAACAGUUGAGCUGUCAGGUGUGUAGAAGAACACACAAUAUUUUUAUUUAUAAUGUAUUUAUUAUUUUCAGUUUGAAUCCUGAUGAUUCCUGGACUGUUUCUGCUCUUUCUACAUCACACUCUGCAGACGUUUUGGAUUUUUGUGAUUAAACAGGACAGGUGUUUGUAGAGCUGUUGGAGAUGUUACCUUUCUGUGCUAGCGGCAGAAAAACCGAGACAAAUAUUUGCAUAAUUAAAAGACACAGUUGUGGUAGAUCGAGCCUUGUGUUGUUUCCAGGUGGAGCAACACCACCCAGGGGUAUCAUCUUCUUCAUAACAUAUUGAGAUGUCUGUCAAAAUCCAGAUCAUAAUGUGACUCAGACAGAUGUGGAACCUGUUGGAUUAACGUCAGAAAAAAUAACGUUGUUAAGGUUUCACUGAAUGUCACUGUGGAUUCGGAAGAAACAUUUAAACACCUCCACAAGUCCUGUUUGCUGCUGUGUGUCACAUUGUUUCCUCUGACUUUAAUAAACACCUGCAGCAUCACCAUCAGUGCGUCUUUACGCGCAUUUACGCACGUGGCGUCACUUAAGACAAAUACUAUUCUGUGGACUUGUACACACAUGCCAGCUGUUCCACACAGACCGAAGGUUUAUAGGGUGAAGGUAUUUGUAUUAAAGCUUUUCUGGAUGAAUCCUGAGCUCCACUGGAGUGUCAUGAGUUUUAUUAAGAUAAAUCGUCGUUACGAACAAAAUGUGAUUUGGCUGUUUUAGAUGUUGGACUGGAGUUACAAGGUGAACUUUGUGCAAACUCCUGCGAGUACAUGCAACAAGGCAAGAUUAGAAACAAAUAAGAUGACAUUAUGGAUGUUUUUCUGAACUUCGAAUCAAAAUUCCUUCGGCACAGGCGCGCGUGCAUCAUUUGAAUCCAUGGAAACGCUCCGAACGCAUAUAAAAGGCCAGACCUUCGAUCGGUUCUUUUUUGCACUUGGACUUUGACUAGACUAGUUGCGAAUUGACCUCAACGCUAGAAAGCUUUCAAAAGCCGGACAGCAUCUCAAAAACAACCUUACUGAAGACCAACCUCAGCGGAUCAUCGAGAGAAAAAGAAGAAGAACUUGCCGAAGAAAGCACCAGUUGGACAGAAGCACACCUGCAGUUUGCAUUCAGAGGACUUGGGACCUCCAGUGAUCCAGGGAGACCUCCAGCGUCAGAACUACGGACGGUUUGAACACACACACCUACACCUCCUGCACCAUGCUUUCCCCCUUUGCUCCCCCCUUCUCUCCUCGCUUUUCUUCCGCUCUUUCCCCCUUUGCUCCCCCCUUCUCUCCUCGCUUCUCUUCCUCUCUUUCCCCCUUUGCUCCCCCCUUCUCUCCUCGCUUCUCUUCCUCUCUUUCCCCCUUUGCUCCCCCCUUCUCUCCUCGCUUCUCUUCCUCUCUUUCCCCCUUUGCUCCCCCCUUCUCUCCUCGCUUCUCUUCCUCUCUUUCCCCCUUUGCUCCCCCCUUCUCUCCUCGCUUCUCUUCCGCUCUUUCCCCCUUUGCUCCCCCCUUCUCUCCUCGCUUCUCUUCCGCUCUUUCCCCCUUUGCUCCCACCUUCUCUCCUCUCUCCUCUUCCUCUUCCACCUCUUGCUCCUCCUUCACCCCUCUUCCUCCAGCUUCUCCCCCUUCUCUUCCUUCAUGCCCUGCCCCCUCUCUCUCCCCUUCACCUCUCUCCCCUCCCCCUCCUCCUCCUUCUCCUCCCCUCUCCUCCUCCUCCCUCCCUUCCUCUCCUCUUCUUCCUCUCCCUACUCCUUCACGCUCCACCACCUCUCUUCUUCCUCUCCCUACUCCUUCUCCUCCUCUUCUUCCUCUUCCUCUCCCUACUCCUCCUCUCUUCUUCCUCUCCCAACUCCUCAACCUCCUCUCUUCUUCCUCUCCCUCCUCCCCCUCCUCUCUUCUUCCUCUCCCUACUCCUUCACGCUCCUCCUCCCUUCUUCCUCUCCCUACUCCUUCUCCUCCUCCUCUCUUCUUCCUCUCCCAACUCCUCAACCUCCUCUCUUCUUCCUCUCCCUCCUCCUCCUCCUCCUCUCUUCUUCCUCUCCCUACUCCUUCUCUUCCUCUUCUUCCUCUACCUCUCCCUACUCCUUCACGCUCCACCUCCUCUCUUCUUCCUCUCCCUACUCCUUCUCUUCCUCUUCUUCCUCUACCUCUCCCUACUCCUUCUCUUCCUCUUCUUCCUCUACCUCUCCCUACUCCUUCACGCUUCUCCUCCUCUCUUCUUCCUCUCCCUACUCCUUCUCUUCCUCUACCUCUCCCUACUCCUUCUCUUCCUCUUCUUCCUCUACCUCUCCUUACUCCUUCUCUUCCUCUUCUUCCUCUACCUCUCCCUACUCCUUCUCUUCCUCUUCUUCCUCUACCUCUCCUUACUCCUUCUCCUCUUCUUCCUCUACCUCUCCCUACUCCUUCUCUUCUUCUUUCUCUACCUCUCCCUACUCCUUCACGCUCCUCCACCUCCUCUCUUCUUCCUCUCCCUACUCCUUCUCUUCUUCUUUCUCUUCCUCUCCCUCCUCCUUUCCUUCCUCGUUUUCAUUAAAUUUAAUUGUAUAUUAAAUUUAAUGAAUAUGAGGUUCACGGGGCGCAUUACAGUGGUGGCAUGGUGGCAUACAUGUUUUUUUGAUUUAGAUUUAUCAUACAAGAAUUCUUUAAUUCUUCCAUAGGAUGUGAUACAUUUUCUGCAAGAUUCUCACACAUUUUCCUGGAGUUUUUUUUUUCCCAUCUCCAAGGUCUGAUGACCCCGGGAUUCAAACCGAAAGAAGGAUGAGAAGAAGACCCCACAGAUGAGGCCCAGCUCCAGCAGACACGUGAAGACGAGGAACCGAGCCCACCAGAGACGACCUUAGAGACGCCAACCAGCCUGCGAUGAGACAACAGGACAACUGUACAAGGAACAGAAUGCACUGCUGCUUCCUGGACACCAAAUGAUUUCAACAGGGAUGGAACAUCGAGGAGAAAUAAGUCAUUUUGAAGAAAAGAUGAUGGGAAACAUGUCCAGGACCAGUGCAUGAGAUGUGAGACCAGUCAACUAAUACAAAAGCUCUCUCUCCAAGACACCUGAUAAAAUGUAGAAUCAGAUCAAGACAAGAAACCCGAUAAGGAGCAGCCCCAGCAUGUGAACUCAGACUACGGAAGAGGGGAUGCUUAUUAUAGCGACAUAAAAGGAGGAAGUCGGAGCACAAAGAGAAAACCCCACAGAGACACAGAGAGAACAUGGACAGAAAGAACCAGAUGAGCAGCAGAAGACAAAGAAACAGUUCGAGGAGCCUCAGGACGAUCAACAACAGAAGAAAGCUGUCAGAGAACAGGAAGAAGAUGACCAACAGCAUCAACCAGAGAAGAAGAAGAGAAGCUCCAGAUUACUCCAAAGGUAUCUCUGGAGCUGGCCUCACCGACCUGCAAAGACUUCAUGCUCCUUCCUUCCUCUGUACCCUCAUCCCAAAUGGAGGUUUUUUUCAACUUCCUGGCAACAGGAAGUUUUUUUCCUCCACACUGCUAUCAAAUGCUUAAUGUGAUCAAACUACAAUAAGAGAUGGAGGUUUUUUUCAACUUCCUGGCAACAGGAAGUUUUUUUCCUCCACACUGCUACCAAAUGCUUGAUCUGAUCAAACUUCAAUAAGAGAGACUAAAAUAAAAAAUCAAAACAAGGGA